AAUCUAGUAUUGCGUUGUUGGCUGUUUGUCAAAAUCUCUUUACUCCAUCUUUUGCUCCUUUAGUAACUUGUACAAUUUAUCAUAGUUCAAAUUUCUGUUAAUAAACAGAAAACCCAUAAUAAUGGGUGUCAGAGGUUUAGAGUCUUAUAUGGAAACAAGUUGUAGAGCAUCUGUUCCCUUAGUUAAUAUUGCAGAUCGUGCUAUCGAGUUAAGAAGAACAUCACUCAAGCCUGACCAAGAACUGAUUAUUGUUGUGGACGGAUCAUGCUGUUUACGAAUUCUCUAUGGUGACUUGGAGUGGGUCGGUGGAGCCCAAUUACAGCAAUAUAAAGAGAAGGCCAAACAUUUUGUCCAGGCAUUUAAAGACUUGAACAUGCGUCUCGUAUUCUUUUUUGAUGGGCCAAUACUAGAAAGAAAACGUAAAACAUGGGUGAAGAAAAGGCUAAGCAAAUUAAAACCGAUGUAUCAAGUUUUGGAUGCAAUAAAUAAAAAUAAACCAACUCACAAUAUCCCAAAACAUUGUUUUGAAUUACCCCCUGGAGUAGCUCAGCUUGCACGAGUGACAUUCAAGAUUGAUUGUGGUUGUCAAGUAUAUCAGACCCUGAAAGAAUGUGAUGAAGAGAUAACAGAGUACGCCAGAAAAAAUAGAGCAUUUGGAAUCCUGGCACAAGACACAGACUACGUGAUAAUGGACACAGGAGACACCUUAUACCUGUCAAUGAAACAUCUGAAUCUUGGCAACAUGACAACCCGAGUGUAUGAUCGCUGGAACCUGGCUCGCAGCCUCAACUUGGACCCCUCUCAGCUUCCAUUACUGGCAACAUUGAUGGGAAAUGAUAUCAUCAAUGUAGAACAUCUAAAGCGUUUUCAUUUACAACUCAAUAGAGAAGGAAAUCUUGGUCUGGUUCAAAACAUAGCUGAAUAUGUCCGUACUUUGCCUCGUGAUGAAGCUCAAUUAAAACAAAUGUUACCUGACAUAUCGAAGAAAACUUUAGGUCAUCCCUUUAAAAAAAGUGACAUUGUUUGCAGUUUAAACAGCUACAAGUUAUGCGCUACAGAUACACAUCCUACUGGACAGCUGCAUGGUGGGAGUGGUCAGAGAUUUGCAGAUCGCUCAACCCCUGGCUUUUCUCAGAGGCAGCAGCGAGGGCUGCAACCUUUUCCACAACACAAAGUAUCUCGACGUCGUCGACGUGGUGGGCGCUUCCCAAUUCAUCCUCGCACUUUCCAAGCCUAUUUAGGUUAUGAGAGAGGAGAAAUAUCCAGACAUGAUAACUGGACAAGAGUAAUGGUAGAGGCAAGGAAUAAACACCAGAUCGACAAAUUGCCUAACAUGGUGUAUGCUGUUAUGAGUGGUUUACCCUUUGAGAGUUCUACUUCCCUUGAAGAUUUCCGUCAAGAUGAUCUUCCAACAUUUGCUUCAGUAACACAGCUUAUUAGACAGCAAACCUAUGGGAUACUACUACAAGAGAAGCCUCCCCCAGAAUCUGGGGUACACAUGGUACCAGAGUGGUGUAUGGCCGGACCAAGGAGCUUGGACCAGGCUAACUAUGUUGCAGCCAUACCGCCUGCAUCUCCUCAUCCUGGUCUUUUUGCUCUGUGGAAUGGAGAAGAUGAAAGGCUUGUGUCAGUGCGCUGGCGUCUGUUUGUGUCCAGUGUAUCUCGUAAUCUAAACAUCUCACGAGUGAGAUAUUUGCCAUCACACCUUGUCAUCCCUACCCUUAUACUGUUUAAACUCAAUGAGUUGGAUUGUUUGUACGAGUGGGAGGUGAACGCCAUGCUGGCCACUGCCUCAUGUAUCAGGCACUAUGAUGUGGCAAUGUUGAAAGCACUGCCAUCUGAUCCUGUCACUGCCAGAGGUGUCAGGGUGUCCAACCUUAUCAUGCGCUUCACCUUUGUAUUGUACUUUCUCCUAGCAGCUUGUGGCUAUCCUCUCACAGAGCGUGAGACUGAUCCUAGUCUAUUUUUUGAUGGAAAGCUGUUUCAAGUAAAGUACAACAAAUCAAAGGCUGGCUGUUCCAUUGAAGAACUGUGUGACAAUGAGCCGGAUUUGCUAGAAGAUUUUAUUAUGGCGUAUGAUGUGGUGUUCCAGAACCACUAACUGACUGACAUACAGUAUAUACAUAAUAAUUGUUACACCAAUUUACACACUUUAUAAAAUAAUGUAUUCUAUAAGGUUCUCUAUAAAUUAAUCCAUAGUUUUAUUACAAUUAUUAGUAUUCCAUUAGAGGUAUAGAGUUUCUUAUUAAUUCAAUGAUAUUUUUGGCUACUGAAUCAGAAUUCUCUGUUUGUCACCUCACAGUCACUUCCACUAAAAAUCUUCACAAUUUGAACAAUUUUUUAUGUUUCGCAAUUUUUAAUUCCGUAUUUAAGAAUGGAGACUCUUGUACACCAUUAAAUAAGAUAAAAUUAGCUACCUACGAAGAAUGUAUAAAAUAACAUACAUUUUCUAAAAUGGGUGUUAUUGCUAGAUUGUUGUGAAAAAGAAUGACUUACAAUAACUGUAAUUUUACAGAAAUCAUUUCUUAGAAAGUGAAAACAGAAACAAUUUCUUAUGAAUUAGAAAGAUUUACAGGUGUAAACUACUAAUGAUAUCUUUACAAAGAUUAAGAAUGGAUGGGAUUUAUUCUUGUAAUUACUUUGAUUUUGAAGUAAAACAAUAAUUUUCUGCUAUUUUUGUCAGAGGAAAGAAGUUAAUUUUGGUUUACAUUAUUCUACAGUAAAUAUAUUUAAGUAUACUAUGUUAUAAAGUAUCACUAAUAAAUGGCUAUGUGACAGCUU